AUGUUCAUCAAGAGAGGUGCUGGUAAUGAUGUGAAUGAGAUUCAUAACCUUAAGUCUCGUCUAGCCCAAGAAUUCAACAUUAAGGAUUUGGGAUCAAUGAGAUACUUUCUUGGAAUGGAAGUGGCAAGGUCUGAUAGGGGUAUUUUUAUUUCCCAACGGAAGUAUAUACUUGAUUUUUUGGAAGAAAUAGGUAUGUUGGGUUGUAGACCUGCAAAUUCUCCUAUUGAGGCGAAUCAUCAUCUUAGUGGAAAUAUGGGGGAGCGUACUAAUAAGGAGAGACCUGAUGUUACAUAUGCAGUGGGUGUUGUUAGUCAGUAUAUGCAUGAUCCUCGUACCUCACAUCUUGAUGCAGUUUAUCGUAUUUUGAGGUAUCUCAAAUCAGCUCCAGGGAAAGGAAUUCUGUUCUCUAAUCAUGAUCACCUGCGAUUGGAGGCAUUCACUGAUGCUGACUGGGUCGGCUCUGUGGAUGAUAGACGUUCUACUUCUGGCUACUGUACUUUUCUUGGGGGAAAUUUGAUUACUUAG